GGCCAGGAAGGCGCACACGGCAAUCGCCGUCCGUUCAGUGCGUUCGUGUAGUAGACUGCGCAUUAUAAUGCAAUCAUUGCUUUCGUCCGCGCUUCAGUAAACUGUAGUCACGUUUAUACAUAUUGUAGUGAAGCUGUGAGUAGCCGUGUGGGCCUAGCCGGUGGCAGAGCGCGCUCCUCCCAGUAUCGAUCGCAUCCCGUCCCGUAUGACUGUUUGAAUGUUUAUAAACAGCCGGUCGCAUCUACUUCAACUCCCUAUUUUUUGAUAUGUUCGUUUGACUGAGGACGGUCCCGACGGUGGAUCCAGACUGAUAUCUACACCAGCAAGCUGAUAGAAUUGAAUCCAGUGCACGAUGCAUCUACGAUCGAUUGAUUUAUUGAUACGAGUUCGCGGAAGAACACUAUUUUAAAGCUUAAUCGGGAAUCAUCACUGUAGACUUCUAACUAUACAAGGUCCGAAACCACCUCCAACUGACCAUAAUAAAGUGCAAGUUAUGGACGAUAUGGGAGAAUAUUUUGUCAAUAGAGAGACAUAGAUUUGUAGGGCCUAAGUAUGUUGUCAUAUAUGGUGCCUGUGGAUGAGAAACCUCCGCCAGUGCCUGGUAAGGGCCGAAUGGCGUUGGAGUUGGCUGGGAGUCCCGGAAGCCCAGAGUCUACAGCAAAAAAGCGAACAAACAUUUCGAAGGAAUCGUCUUCGAGCUCGUUCACGAGUGACCUCACAGUUUCCUCGUCUACUCCGUCGGGAGUACUGGACAAACCGAAACAUAAACUACUCAAUAAUGGCAGUAAACACACAUCCUUAAAGAGGGUUUCCUUCGGCAGUUCAAAAGGAUCGAUGGUUGAGACUCUCAUCUAUGAAAGCCCUCUGCAAGAGGAACCAGAGAACUCCCCACCACCAAAUCUACAAGAGACCACGUUCCUAUACACGCCCGUUGAAGACGAUUCGGAGCGUUCGAAGGUUCGUGUGUCUUUCUAUCAAGGAGCGAGGCCACAGUGUCUUUCUCCACCACCGGCGCAGGAGUCGCACGUACUCUACGCGACUUUACUUUCGGCCGCAGCCAACGCAGACAUGGCAGAACACGUUAUGUACAAUAGGCAGAUAAGCACGGAGAGUGGGUGGGAUAACCCCUUCAGGCCCGACGGAGACUUGAGCCGGGAGGCAGAUGAAAUUGUCUCUCUGAUCAAGGGCGGUAAACCUAUAACUCCAACGCCAAACACUGGUGUCCCGCUGCUUUCUUCUGACGAAGACGAGGAAGUAAUAAGCUCUGAAAAGGUAAUCGCAAUGGCCAGCCUACCGACAUCACCGGAAACGAAACUAUCGAGUCCUCUCCAACAAAGCACUCCAAAAGUAGACUUGAUUGGUACCAAAAACGGUACAGCCGUUACUGAGAUUCGAUCCGGCCAAGUGGAAGUCAAACGUGCUCCACCGCACGAGCCCAUGCAACCCGAACACGUGACGAUUAAGCCCAAGAGUAAAAAGUAUAAAUGCUGUGUCAUCCAAUAAGCUUUCACCGAUAAACAAUGGUAAAUUAUCCUAAUUUAACUUUGCUCUUAUAUUUAUUUUUACGUAUUUUGCAUGUUAUUGUACCAAUUUAUAUCUAAAAAUCUAUUGGAAUUAGCUUGUUUAGAUUAGGAUAGUAAAACCAUUCACCGGUUACACUCCGCUUAUGUCUACCGUUAAUCCUCUGGUGUUUACUCGGUGCUCAUUUCUCCUGUCUUCGUAAAACCUUUGUUCGUUGCCCUUUUUAUGUUUUCUUUGUACUCAGGUCGUCAAAACACAUUUUCCAUAAUUUUUUAUUCUGUAUUUUUGUAUUCUGCUACUAUAUAGGACUUUUUAGCGUACAAAGUAAUUAUUAUAACUAGUUCAACAUGAUUUUUGCCUGAGAUGCCUGCUAUCCCAAGUUUCUAGAAUAUGUUAAGAGCUCUGCUUCAUUCAGAUUUGGUGGUAAGCAUAUGUUUAUAGGAAAAUGUUUUUGGUGCAUUUUAAUAUAAAAUACCAGACAUGUAAAAUUUUUUGUUUGAGUUGUGAUUAUCAUUUUGUAAUUUAGAUUAUGGCUGUCUAUUUAUUACUAAAUUAUCGAAAAUAUUUUAGGAAUAAAACUAAUAUUUGUACCUCUAAUCUAUAUUAACGUUUGUGAAAGAAUCUCAAUAAAACUAUAUUUUACAGUAAAAUAAAGUGUUUAAAGGAUGUCAGGGUUUAACCUGGGCACAGAUGGCUAAAUUUAAGAUGUCAAAACCUAAUAAUAACCAAAAUAAAAGUUUCAAUACAAAUGCAAAAUUUAUAAAAAUUAUGAUUAACCUAAAACAAUAGGCCAAAUAAUUUUAUCCACCAAUGCCCAGUUCAAAAAACCAUUAUUAAUCUACAUUUAAAAAAACUCUUCUAUCAUUUGGUAUAUUGUGAGACGUUUAUCGUGAUUUCAACAUAUUAUUUUUAAACUGUUAAUAAGUUCUGUGUUAAAUAAUGUUUACAUAAUUUAAAUGUAUAUUUUUAUAUGUUUAUUAAAAUAAAGUAUUAACAGUAAAAUAGUAUGAUUACAUAGUAUUGGGAUGAUAUCAGUGACUGUACUAGAAUAAUUAAAUUUACCGUCAUUCAGCUAUUCCCUGCCACCGCUAUAAGGAUUGUAAAGUUAGGGAUGGGAUUGUGAUGUGGUCUACACAGAAAGGCACAGGUGAUGAAAGACUGUUUAAGCAUAUGAGGGGUUUAUAGCGCGUGGAAUAUGCUUAUGAUAUAUGUAACGCUAUAGUCAUAGACAUCACAACAUUUAGACCCGUUUAUGUAAUUCACGCUUGCGUCCAGUAGUACUAUUAUUCAUCUUGAUGUAUAGACUAGUAUUUAUUUUAUUAAAGCGGCAAAGUUACGGUAUUGUUAUGAACAUCCACAGAUAACAAGAAGUUAAGUCCACUUUUUAUACUUUUUUAUUUAAUUUUAGGGUAUUAAAAUGUCACCAUGUGUUUUAUUAUGCAAUUAAGUAUGGUACUAAUUAAAAGUACUACAGAAAAAUUAGUUGCAUAAAUAGCAUCAUAUUACUCUUUCAAAGAGGAUUCACAUGCCUUGACCUUUAAUCUAACGAAGUUUAUCCUUGUAUCAAAAAAUUUAAGAUAAUACCGAAGCUUUGCUGCCAGUACUGCGACUUUUAAUAUAUAUUUUUCAAUUAAAUCGAAUAAUUCAAUAGUGCUAUAGUAGUAUUUCUUGACAUCUAGAGGGCGUGAUACGAAGAUGUUUGCAAGUUUUGAGAUUAGUUUCCCUCGAACGGAAUAGAUCCCUUAAGUAGAUAGGUAAAUAGAAAGCUAAAUUAAGAUAAUUAUUCAGGUUAUUUGUUAUUGAUGGUUAUUUAAAAAUAAAUUAUUUUUAUUUUAUCAAUAGGUUUUGUUUUUAGAUAUAAGCGGCAUUAAACAGUUUAAGAUUUUUUCGGUACUGAUUAGAUCAUUUUAACAGCCAUUUGAUGAGUAAUUGUGAUGUGUGUAUUUAGUUUGUGAGCAUUGAUUCAGUAAUGAUUGUUCGCAGUGUCGCUUGAUAACAAGCACCGAGGCGAUUACACUUUUCGCUAAUAAUUCAAUGGUACUAGCUUAGCAUUAAAAAUCAACCUGUUCAAGCUCUGGUCAUUGUAACAUCGCUGUUAGAUAUAAGAUAAUAUUUACCAAUAUUGGCUUCAUAUCGUUAAGCUUAUCGCUAUACAAUAAAGAACCUAACUUUAAAUCUCACGGCUUUUAAAUGAUUCGCCCAUUAUAAAAAUAAUUCAUUCUUGACUUUUCUUUCGUAAGUUUCAUGUAGGUGCAUUCUUUCUUGCACAAAUUUAUUAUAAUAAAAUUGGGCUAUCUUUUAAAUCGGAUAUUUUUUUGUAAGGUUUUCCGACUGUCUGAUAAGGACCUCUCUGAAUCAAUGGCUGGAGUACAAGACAAGAGUUUUGUUGUUAACUUGAACCCAAUAUGUUCCUUAAUAAAGUUUUUUAUUUGCAUGUAAAAUACUGUCAUUAAGGUUCUAUAUUUUUUUAAUAAUUUGCUUCCAGUAGGUCUCUUUGGAUGUUAAGUGUCUCAUUUUAGUGAUAAGAAUAUUAUUGUUUCCAAUAUUUAACAAUAGCCAUAGCAAUGUAUGAAAUAUAUUUCUAUAAAAUAUUAUUUCUAUUGUCUAUCGAUAAAUAUGUACAAAUUGGUUUUAAUUUUUAUUUAUAUUAAAUCUUUAAAGUCGU